AUGGACUCAAGUUCCGACGUGACGAUUCAAAAGUCCCCUUCUGCUGUCACACGACCACGUGGGAUCGACUACAGCAAGUGGGACCACGUGAUCUCUAGCAGUGACGAAGACGAGGGGGAACCAACGGGGAAGAGAGACGGAGGAGGGAGUGGUGGAGCAGUGGAAAACGCCAAAAAAUCCGUAGGAGUAAUCAAGGUAAGAGACGGCUGUAGUGCAGGUGGGUCCAGCAGCAUCCUGGGCAAAUACGGCGAGAUCUGGAAGAGCCGCGAGGAGGCUGUGAAAAGGUGGAAGUUUCUAGCACAGGCGGCGGUUGGGGCUGGAAAGGCAAAAGUGCCUAUGAGGCAGGGAGGGAAAGGAAGAGUGGAAGGUACAGAGUUGCACGGGAAGCUGCAGCUGCUGAGUCGGGCGAAUAUGCUGCACUAUCUGGACGUCAAGGGAGGAUGGGGUGCGCGUGACGUUUGGGGUGGGGAGGAGGAGCUGAGGGAGCGGCCUGAGGUGCAAUUCUGUUGCAAGUGUGAGCUGGCGCCGUUGCUGUGUGUGGAAGCCAUGAUGACGGACUGGCUGUCUGAGCCUCGUGUGGGUGUGCUCAUGGACCUGGGGAAGAUCAGAUCCCGCCUGCCUGCCAUUCUGGCUGCUACUGGUACAGAUGCUGCUGCAGGUGUCCCUGCUACUCGCAUAGAGUCUUGGGAUCUGGCCUACCCGGCAGUAUUGAUGGAGCUGGGGGCGCGUAGGCAGGCGGAGAAUGAUUGUGUUGCGUCCAUGCUGGUGCAGGUGUUAGGGGUUAAGGAGAGUGCUGAUCUGCAGGAAGGGUUUGGGUUCUUUGUGCAGCAUUUGCUGUCAGGUGGGCUGGAGAAGGUUCAUGCUGAGGAAAAACGGAGAGGGGGCGCUGUUGGUGCAGUGGGGGGAAGGGGUGCUGCUGAUAAUUUCGAAGGAGAAAUGGAGGAGAAGGAUGAGAAAUGGAGGGAGAAUUUGAAGGGGCGUGAGUGGGAGAGUGGCAUGGGUGCCACUGACUUCGCCCUUGCUCUUGCCACAGUGAUCUCCAGGCCACCUUACUGCAAGGUGGCUCCAAUGUUUCUCCAGGAGGGCAACAACCCGAGCAAGAUAGGGGUGGAGGAUGCAGCCAUUGAGGAGGCUAGAAAGAGAGCUGGACGUCUGGGGUUGACCGGCAGAGUGAGUGAGGGAGGUAGAGGAACAGGAGGAGGAGGGGAAGAAGCUGUGUUAGCUACAGCAGACGCAUGGCCAGCAGCAGCUCCUUAUCCAGCUAGUUCCAGAGAUUGUUUGCUUGACAACAAUGUUACUUCUCUCACUCGCGGUGCUGCUUCUCACACUGCUGCCUCUGAUGUCACUGGAGUGCCUGUGACCAGCUCAGGGCUCGUGCCUGUCAACACCAACGCAGCCAUUGCUGUUUUGACGUACCGAGUUGCUUGCAUCUUGCGAUGGGUCCGAGUCUACGGCUCAGAUUUCAUUUCUGCAAAGGAUUGCUUCAAGGACAGCCCACAGGGCAAGGUCCGGCCCAUGCGCCAUCCGCUUCGGGACCUUCCAAGCCUGCUUCUCAGGUUCGGCAACAUCCCCGGACCUCUUGCUGGGCAGACCUUUCCCAUGGAGUGGGAGGAAUGGCCCCAGGGCGAUGAAGCUGCUGUGAAGUUUCCUGAUGACUCAAGGGCAGAAUGCGUUGGCCUAGGAAUUCUAGAGGAGAGUGGGAUGGAAGAUGAGACUAGGCGAAGAUCGUCCGGCCAGUCAUUGAAGGCAGGAGGUAAGAGGAGGGAUCGAAGGAACAGAGGGAAUGUGGGAGGCCGGGGAGGCAUCAAGGACCCUCGCACCCCCAAUCCAUCGCCUCCUUCCAUCACAAACCAUUGCCGUCCCAUUGUUCGCUGCAUGGACGAUGUGGAUUACAUUCUUGACUUUGCUGCUGGCCUGGCUGUCCCUCCAGCAUGCACCGAGUGCAACAGAUGCGCGAAACACUACACCUCCCUCAUCUCCUUCGUCGCCUUUGUUGCCAACUUCGCCUAUCGCCCCGCUUCUUUCCUCCUCAACUGCUUUCUCUCCGUCUUUCAAUCCCAUUCCAAAGAUAGCAGAGCACCUGCAGCUAGUGCGGACACAUGUGGAACAGGCGCCGAUUUCUCUGCUCAUCAGUAUUGCUAUGCACUGGCCCGGGAUAAUGCUGGUCCUAGGCGAGUUUGA